UAUACAGUAUUUGUAUCGGUUUUAUUUCACAUAAAAAAAUACAAUCACGUGUGUCCGAGUUAUGUGCAUUCGUAGUUAAACGGAUGAAAACCCUGUUCUGGUGAAGAGACUUCCUACUACGUGUCUUGAGAUCUUCACUAUAGAUCCAGCUAUUGCAAUGAAAACUUCAAGCUUGGUGUCUGUUUAAACUCUACCUUCAGUCUCAUGACCCUCAUCAAACAUUUGUCUGAAAAGGAAGAGCUAAAAACGAGGAACACAACACUUCCUUAAAAAAUGAUAGCUAUAGGAACAGAUGCAAAUGAUAAAGUGAAAUCAUGUGGCACAACAGCCUGCAGCCGUUCCUCAGUGAUCCACUGAAACUGAGCAGAGUUCACACCAGCAGUAUUAUCUUCAGCCAUCAUUAAACACGCCAGCUCGUCAUCCUGAAGACUUUGAUCAGCUGGUUCAGAUGUUUUUAGUUAUCUCAAGACUCAAGAUUGGACAACUUUGAUCAAAGUAGACAUUGGAACGGUGUCUCCAUUCUUUCUGUAAAACACAACGGGAAGAACAACAGCCCUUCAGAGAUCCACAAUUCAGAUCCAUUGAUGAUGAUGAUCCUUCUCUUUAUCUCCAUCUACUUCCUGAUCACGGGUCACGUAGACGGGGCUCCUGAAACUGUGACUGGCAUCGCUGGAGAAAGUCUCGUCAUCAACUGUCAAUAUCUGCCCAAAAUAUCUAAGAAAGACAGAGAAAGAAGCUUUUGCAACGAGCAGACUGACAAAUGUGCCACCAUGAGAGAAGAAGAAAGUGAUUUAUGGACCGAUGGAGAGAGAUUCUCCAUGUAUGAUAAAAAAUCUGUGGGUUUGCUGAGCGUGAUGAUUAGAAACCUGACCAAGCACGACACGGGACGUUACCAAUGUAAAGUUGGUAAUAAACUGAUUCUGGAGUUAAGAUUAAAAGUAGAACAUGACGCCUGCUGUGAGGGAAAACAAAGUCAAACUGGUUAUACAGGAGGAAGUGUUACUAUCAGCUGUAAAUACCCACCGAAAUAUAAAGAUUAUGCAAAGCAUUUGUACAGAGUGAAUCAUAAAUCUAUAGAGUCUGUUAUUACGGACCUGGGACGUUCACACACUUACGGAAGAUUUUCCCUGACGGACAACCCUGCAGCAAGAGUCUUUACUGUGACUAUUAAAAAAGUCAAUAGACACGAUGACGGCAUCUAUUUCUGUGGAUCAACCCAUUUACAAGAAAGGAACUACAUUCACCUUCUAAAUGAGAUUUAUCUCGAUGUUUCAGAUUUCUAUGUGAUUAUUAUUAUAGUGUGUGUGUGUUUGAUUCUGCUGGCUGCUGGAGGACUGAGUUUGUUGUGGCACAAGCUGAGAUGUAAAAAGAACGCAGGUUCAGUAUCAUCAUCAAAUCAGAGGAACUCAAUAGAGUGUCAGGAGCAGUCCACUGUUGUUUAUUACGAAACAAUUGAAGAGUCAAAAACUGGAUCCACAACAGUAAACCCGACUGUCAAUGUAAACACGGUGUAUACCAUGGCAGAAUUACCCACAAGCCCCUCUGACGGAGAUUUCUACACAAUGGCUGAAUCGCCAGAAAGUCCAGCAGACCCUUGAAGAGACACAACGUCACCGCCAAACAAACACCACACUGGUGAAAAUUGCCAUGUUUUCACACGGUUUUACUUUGGGUUUUCACAAUAAAAUAUUGUAUUUAAUGUUUUACCCUAACCUAACAUCACAGCAAAUUCCUGUAAAGUAGUCAUCUCGCUUUGAGUUC